AUGAACGCGACCACGGCCACCGCCAAGCGCAAGCGCCCCGACACCGACAUCACCGGAGACGCCGCCGCAGCCGCAGCCGCCCCCGUCGCCGUCGACGAGGCCUCCGACGCCGAGGUCGAGGAGUUCUACGCCAUCCUCCGACGCAUACGCGACGCCUCCCGCCAGCUGUGCGGCGCCGGCGCCCGGCCUGCUGCCCCGCGCGCACCGGCGUGGCGGCCCAGCUUCUCCUGGGAGGACUUCGCCGCCCCGCCGGCGCCCGAGACCCCCGCGCUGGCGCCGCCACAGCCGCGGCCCGACGAGCCCGUCCCCGCCCCCGCUGCUGCUGCCCCGUCGCCGCGUGCCGGCCUCGACCUGAACGCGGAGCCGGAGCCAGAGGCACCCUCGGCGCGCGUCCCGGCGUAG